AUGGAAAACUUCUCUGACUGGAUGGAAGACGGCAAUAGUAACGACACAUUUCCUGCUGAAUUUGAACCAUGUGCCAACCAGAGGAUUCCAAGUGUCCGCAUAGCCCUGUAUGCUAUCAUAAUAACUGGAAUUUUUUGCACAGUGGUUGGCAAUUUUCUAGUUGUGCUGGCCAUUGCUUACUUCAAACAGCUCCAGUCUCACACCAACUCAUUCGUCAUGUCACUAGCGGUGGCUGAUUUCCUGGUGGGCUUGGUUGUCAUGCCCUACAGCAUGGUACGAACUGUAGAAGGCUGCUGGCACUUCGGUACAACCUUCUGCCAACUGCACUCCAGCUUGGAUGUUAUGCUCUGCACAGCCUCCAUCUUCCAUCUGAGCUGUAUCUCCUUUGACCGCUACUACGCGGUGUGUAACCCUCUGGUCUAUUCUUUCAAAAUGUCCCGUAGUCGAGUGGCUCUGCUAAUUGUGGUGUGCUGGGCCGUCCCUCUGUUAAUCUCAUUUGGUCCCAUUCUCCUGGGGUUGCACAAGCUAGGUGUGGAUGUUCCCUUGCCUGAGAAUGUAUGCAUUUUUCUUGUAAACAGAGUCUAUGCUGUUAUAGCUUCAUUGGUGGCUUUUUACCUGCCCAUGGGCACCAUGCUGGUUGCCUACUGGAAGAUCUACAAAGCAGCAAAGCGCCAAGCCAUGCAGAUAAGCGCCUUGGAGGCUCAAAUGGCCGUUGGCGUGGACAAAAACUUCAGCAAGAAGCAGAAACAUCGCAACUAUUUAAGGAGGGAAAGAAAGGCAGCGAAGACCCUGGGCAUCAUCAUGGGUGUCUUUCUUCUCUUUUGGAUGCCCUUCUUUACGGUGAACAUUAUAGAUCCCUUUAUUGAGUAUGGUACAACAAGUGUGAUUUGGGACCUACUACUUUGGCUGGGGUACAUAAACUCCUCUUUGAAUCCUUUUUUGUAUGGUUUCUUUAACAGGUCUUUUCGUAAGGCUUUUCUUAUGAUCAUCGGCUGUAGAAUAUGCCUGUCUGGCUCGGCCCCCAGUAUGGACCUCUCUCACACUAAGAAGGAUGUCACUGACCGUGUGGAAAAUCAAUAA